GAAAUUGAACCCUAGAGUUGAGAUUUGCAAUUUCACACUGUUGCUUUGAGAGUGGAGUUGAAUAGAGAGAUUUUGAGGUUUCAAAAAAUAAAGGUGCUCACGCCAAAAGCAUUAUUGCAUUUGCAUUUGCGUUUCAUUUCCCCGCCCAUAACAAAUCAAAAAAGCACUCCUAUUUUCCACUCAGACUUUCUCUCUCUCACUCCACAAUCCAUUGAGAAAAUUAACAGUAAAAGGAAAAGUUUGUUGGCAAAGAAGCAGAAUGAUGGAGGAAGAAGAAGACCAGCAGAAGCUUCCAGAUCUGGUGAAGGAGCUAGUUCACCGCUUGCUCUCCCAAAACCUCCCAUCCAAUUCCCCUCCUCUAAACCCUAACUCACCCGAAUUCCGCAACUCUCUCCGCUACGCCCUCCGCAUCCUCUCCAGCCGCCUCACUCCCUCCGUCGCUCCGGACGCCGCAGCCAUCGCUGACUCCAUCAAGCGCCGCCUCGCCACUCACGCUCGUUCCGCGGACGCCCUCUCCUUUGCCGACCUCUUCUCUAAAUUCGCCUCCAAAGCCCAAAGCGUCAACAACAAAUGGGCCGUCAUCUACCUCCUAAAAAUCAUCUCCGAAGAUCGCCACAAGACCGCCGCCAUCCCCGCCACCACCACACCUCUCUUGCCCAACCUCGCUUUCUCCGAACCCGCUUCGAACAAGGGCUGGAGCAACGGCGUUUUACUUGUCUCCAAGGAUCCCGAGAACCGCCGCGAAGUCGCGUUUCGGGAGUUCGUGAAUUUGGUCAAGGAAGAAAACGAGGUGUUGGAAGAGGUUAUCGUCAGGGACGUGCUCUAUGCUUGCCAGGGGGUCGAUGGUAGGUUUGUGAAAUUCGAGAGUGAUAGUAAGCGUUAUGUGAUACCCGAUUCGGUUAGGGUUCCGAGAGCCACUAGGAGUAUGGUUCAUAACCUUUGUGAAUUGGGUGUUUUGUUUCGGACGGUUAGUGGUUACAUUUCGCAGAGUAUGGAUCGGUUUCCCAAUGAAGACGUGGGAACCGUGGGACAAGCUUUUUGUUCUGCUUUGCAGGAUGAGCUUAGUGAGUACUACAAAUUGUUGGCGGUUCUUGAUGCUCAGGCUUCGAACCCGAUUCCUCUGGUGUCCGAAUCUGCGAGUUCUGGGAACUAUCUAUCGCUGAGGAGAUUGGCGGUUUGGUUGGCUGAGCCAAUGGUGAAGAUGAGGCUGAUGGCGGAUUUGGUUGAGAAGUGUAGGGUUUUGCGCGGCGGGGCUAUGGCGGGGGCGAUUCAUUUGCACGCACAGCAUGGUGAUCCGAUGGUUCAUGAGUUUAUGAGGAGGUUGUUGCAGAGAGUGUGUUCUUCGCUGUUUGAGAUGGUGAGGAGGUGGGUUUUGGAAGGGGAGUUGGAGGAUAUAUUUUCUGAGUUUUUCAUUGUUGGGCAGCCUGUUAAAGCUGAAUCACUUUGGAGAGAAGGGUAUAGGCUUCAUCAUGCGAUGCUUCCUUCGUUCAUUCCGCCUUCACUUGCGCAGAGGAUCUUGAGGACUGGCAAGUCGAUUAAUUUUCUUCGCGUUUGUUGUGAGGAUCGCGGUUGGGCGGAUGCUGCGACUGAGGUUAUCACUGAUAAUGAAGUGACAGCAAGAAGAGGUGGUUUUGGGUAUGGGGAAACCGAUACCCUUGAGUUAUUAGUAGAUAAAGCUGCAAAAAGGAUCGACAAGCAUUUGUUGGAUGUGAUUUUCAAGAGGUACAAGUUCAAAGAACACUGUCUUGCAAUUAAGCAGUAUUUGUUGCUUGGCCAAGGUGAUUUUGUGCAGUAUCUUAUGGAUAUUGUGGGACCUGACCUUUCUGAGCCAGCUAACACUAUUAGCUCUUUCAAACUUUCGGGAUUGCUGGAAACUGCAAUUAGAGCAUCUAAUGCUCAGUAUGAGGAUCCUGACAUUUUGGAUAGGCUCAGGGUUAAAAUGAUGCCACAUGAGAGCGGUGAUAGAGGCUGGGAUGUAUUUUCGUUGGAAUAUGAUGCAAGGGUUCCACUUGAUACAGUGUUCACAGAGUCUGUGAUGGCAAGGUAUUUAAGAAUUUUUAAUUUUCUUUGGAAGCUUAAAAGAGUGGAACAUGCGCUUACUGGUGCCUGGAAAACCAUGAAACCAAACUGCAUUACUUCUAAUUCCUUUACAAGAUUGCAACAUGCAGUCAAGAUGCAGUUAGUUUCAACAUUGAGGCGCUGUCAGGUUCUUUGGGUUGAAAUUAAUCACUUCAUUUCAAACUUACAAUAUUAUAUAAUGUUUGAAGUGCUGGAGAUAUCAUGGUCAAAUUUUUUGGCGGAGAUUGAAGUAGCCAAGGAUCUUGAUGAUCUACUUGCAGCUCAUGAGAAAUAUCUACAUUCUAUUGUAGAGAAAUCUCUCCUUGGAGACCUUUCCCAGUCUCUUUACAAGUCACUACUUGUAAUAUUUGAUCUUAUAUUACGUUUUCGGAGCCGUGCAGAUCGAUUGUAUGAAGGUAUUCAUGAGUUACAAGCAAGAAUCACUGAAUCCUCCCUAUCCUCUCGAGACCAAAAUAAAACACGAUCACGGAAGCAGUUGAAUGAUAAAAAUGCAGAUACAGGAUCCUGGAUUGUUGAUGGGAGAAAAGCACUAACACAACGUGCUGGUGAAUUUCUACGAAAUAUGGGACAAGAUCUUGAUGCAAUUGCUAAGGAGUAUUCAUCAUUGCAAGAGGAAUUCAUUUCUCAGUUGCCUGUACAGCAGCAUGUUGAUCUAAAAUUUCUCUUUUUCCGUCUUGACUUCAACGAAUUUUACAGGCGGUUAUGUCCUAGCGUGUAGGAAAUUUGUGAAUAAGGCUGAGGGUCAGGCUGAGCAUUGUUUUCUCAUAAGGAUACGGCAUUGAAAGCUUUGCGACCAGCUAACUUCCAUUGUGUGUUUGAGUGGAACAAUUCUAUUGUUGCUAACUUCCUUUGGACCAAGCAUUCCAUGGGUCAUUAUUUGACCAUAGGUAGACACAUUUUGAGAUUUGCGAGAUUGUUUGUUGCAGAAAUGAAGCUAUUAAUAUUCGAUUGGAUGCACGAUGUGAGUAGUACAGACAGAGCAUAUGAUAAGCCAAGUUGUCCAGAUGAGUAUUGGGAAAGUCGUAACUGAAGAAAGGAGUGUAAAUUGCAUAUAAUCAAGCAUCAAAUCAAGGAUAUGUACGAGGGAAUCAAAAUAGUACGAGGACAAAAGGCGGGGUUCAUAACAAAUUUUUCUGGUGACUAAAGGAUUAUAUCAACUCAAGGGUAAACUAGGAGUUCGUAUCCUUUUAGCGUGGUACCGAAUGUGUUUACCAGGCAUGCUCUUUUGAGAGAGAUGUGGACCAGGUGUCAAGUUUUAGAGGCACUUCUUUUGUUCAAGUGGUGGAAGUAAGGUGAAGUCUGUAGAAUGUAAGUUUAGCUACAGGCUCGUUAAUCCUAGCUGAGGUUAAAAUUGGAAAAGUGCAUUGAGUAUUAUUUGUAACAAAAAAAAACUAUUCAAGCAUAGGGGGAUAAUAUUCAAAUGAUGUUUUACGGUCUAUGUGGAAAAAGGGUCAAUAAGAAAAUGAGUGGGCAUACUAUUCAAAAUAGGAUUUAGAUGAAUGAAUUCUUGUGAGAAAGUUAAGUUAAUGCCUAUU